AUGGUCAACUCCUGUUGUGGCUCCAUCUGCUCUGACCAGGGCUGUGGCCAGGAGACUUGCUGCUGCCCCACCUGCUGCCGCCCCAGCUGCUGUGUGUCUAGUUGCUGCCGUCCCAGCUGCUGUGGAUCUAGCUGCUGCCGCCCCACCUGCUGCCAGACCACCUGCUGCAGGACUACCUGCUGCCGCCCCAGCUGCUGUGGUUCCAGCUGCUGCCGUCCCUCUUGCUGUGGAUCUAGCUGCUGUGGUUCUGGUUGCUGCCGUCCCUCUUGCUGUGGAUCUAGCUGCUGUGGUUCCAGCUGCUGCCGACCCACCUGCUGCCAGACCACCUGCUGCAGGACUACCUGCUGCCGCCCCAGCUGCUGUGGUUCCAGCUGCUGCCGUCCCUCUUGCUGUGGAUCUAGCUGCUGUGGUUCUGGCUGCUGCCGUCCGUCUUGCUGUGGUUCUAGUUGCUGUGGUUCUGGCUGUUGCCGCCCCACCUGCUGCCAGACCACCUGCUGCAGGCCCUCCUGCUGUGGAUCCAGCUGCUGCUGUCCCUCCUGCUAUAGCUCCUGCUACCCUCACACCUGUGGCUGCCUGCAUCCAGUCUGUGGCCAAGUCUCCUGCCACACCAAUUGCUACCGCCCAACCUCUGUCAUCUCCACCUGUCCCCGCCCCAUGUGCUGCGCCUCCCCUGGCUGCUGA